CAGUUUGCGUCACUGCUUCGGAGAGCAGAAGAGGAGAGGGAGCCGGGGCGAGCGAGACGAGUUUGGAGGGGAGAGCAGGCAGAGGCGACGGCCCCCGAGGCUCUCCUCUCCCCCGCCCGUCCCUGUCCUCUCUUCUCCCCCAGCUCCUCUCUCUGCCCUUAACUUUCCCCCGAAAACCCCUAUUAGCCAAAGGAAGGAGGUAAGGGGAACUCUGUCUCCUCCCUCCUCCCAAAAAACUUUUCCAUUCCGGAGAGAGCAGGGGACCGAGUGGGCACCCGGCUGGCCAUGGAGCUGCUCUGCUGCGAGAUGGACCGGGUCCGCAGGGCCGUGCCGGACGCCAACCUGCUCUACGACGACCGCGUUUUGCAGAACUUGCUCACCAUCGAGGAGCGCUACCUUCCCCAGUGCUCCUACUUCAAAUGCGUGCAGAAGGACAUCCAGCCCUACAUGCGCAGGAUGGUGGCCACCUGGAUGCUGGAGGUCUGUGAGGAACAGAAGUGUGAGGAGGAGGUCUUCCCUUUGGCCAUGAAUUACCUGGACCGCUUCUUGGCUGGGGUCCCGACUCCUAAGACCCACCUGCAGCUCCUGGGUGCCGUCUGCAUGUUCCUGGCCUCCAAGCUCAAGGAAACCAUCCCUCUGACAGCAGAAAAGUUGUGCAUUUACACCGACAACUCCAUCAAGCCUCAGGAGCUGCUGGAGUGGGAGCUGGUGGUGCUGGGGAAGUUGAAGUGGAACCUGGCAGCUGUCACUCCUCACGACUUCAUCGAGCACAUCUUGCGCAAGCUGCCCCAGCCCAGCGAGAAGGUGCCUUUGAUCCGCAAGCACGCCCAGACCUUCAUUGCUCUCUGUGCCACUGACUUUAAGUUCGCCAUGUACCCGCCAUCGAUGAUUGCAACUGGAAGUGUGGGCGCUGCCAUCUGUGGGCUCCAGCAGGAUGAGGAUGUCAGCUCACUCACUGGUGAUGCCCUGGUAGAGCUGCUGGCCAAGAUCACCAACACAGACGUGGAUUGCCUCAAGGCCUGCCAGGAGCAGAUUGAGGUGGUGCUGCUGAACAGCCUGCAGCAGUUCCGUCAGGACCAGGGUGAUGGAUCCAAGUCGGAGGAUGAACUGGACCAAGCCAGCACCCCUACAGAUGUGCGGGAUAUUGACCUGUGAGGAUGUCAGUCAGGCCGAAAGGGAGAGACGUGUUCAAAUGUGCUCUCUCCUUCUCUUUGGUUAUGUUUUGUUCUUUAUGUUUUAGGAUGAAACUUUAAAAAAAAAAAAAAAAGAAAAAGAAAAAAAAAUUCUGUCCCCAUCUAGAUCAUAUUGAAAGGUCUUUUAGAAGUGAGAGAAAAAGGUCCUAUGAAAAUGGAAUAAUUAAAAGCAUUUGGUGCCUAUUCAGAAUACAACAGAAGGGAAUCCCUUUGUGUAUGCGGACAGUUAUUAUUUGAUUAUGUUAAAAGCAAUAGUAAGAUGCUUACAGGAAAACCUGCAGAGUAGCUAGAGAAAAUGUACGCCUGCAAUAUGGGAACAAAUUAGAGGAGACUUUUUUUUCAUGUUAUAAACUAGCACAUAUACACCCCUUUUAGGAUAAUUGCAAGGAACUGCGUGUGCCAUUUAUGGCAUGAUUAGAUUGCAAAGCAAUGAACUCAAGAAGGAAUUAGAAAUAAGGAGUGACACAAUGGGGAGAGGGGACAAAGCAAUCUGUCAACGUGACUGAACCAUUUUGGAUGUAGAAGCACCUUUGCUCUCGACCACCUGUUACUUGUAAGUCAGGAGCAUUGCUGGAUCUCUAGUUACGAACUCUUGCUGUCUGCAGUAGCUGCUACCUAAAAUACAGGCUGGACACAGGUGAUUGAAUCCUGGGUUCCAUGUUUUUUGACAUCUUGCUUCUUCCAAACAUGGUUCAUGGUAGACACCGCCAUAUUUUCACUUAAAGUGGCAAUCUAGCUUUGACUCAUUGCCAAAACUCAUUUGAAAUUGGAGGCAGAUGAAACCAGGGGUGGGAUCUGGAAUGGAACCUUUUCUCCUAACAUAUUAAAGAGUGUAAUGUGACCGUGGCAUCCCUUAUUAGGAAAAAACUAAUUUCUGGUGCUGAUUGGUAUGUCUGGUCCACAGUUUGCAUUGUUAUAAACCAUUCCAUUCGAAAAGCACUUUGAAAAAUUGUUCCCGAGGGGUAGAUGGGAUGGUUUAUGCAAAUCAUGCUGAGUAGACCCCUCCCUUCUCUGGUGCCCCUCCCCCCACACACCCUCAGUCUGGGUACUAUUCACUUCCGUAUCUGACAUUUCUCUGGUACAUAGUUCUGGUAUUCCCUACUAGGACUCAAGAGACACCCCUUUCUGCUGACAUUCCCAUCACAACAUUCCUCAGAAAAGCCUAAAAACAAAGAUCUGUUAUCAUUUUUGAUGGCACAGAAGGAUCUUAAUUCCCACCGAUAUACUUCUCCUUUGGACAUGGAAAGAAAGGUUACCGCUGGUGCAAAGAUAGCUGAACAUCAGUGUGGCAUUCUGUUCCCUUUCCGUUUUUUGUUAAUUUCAUUGCAAAGUUGUAUUCAGUGUACUUGAAUUUUUUUCCUCUCCACUUCUUAGACACAUACAGUUUGCAAAGAGGUUGGAGCAACAACAUUUUUUUUUUUUUGCACAAUUAUAAUUGACAGGUAAUGAAGCUAUUUGUUAAAAUGUUUGCCUUUUAAGUAAAAAAGAAAAAUCAGAACAGGGCUACUUUGAAGAAUUAUUUUAUACAUGGAUUCUGCCUUGUUUCAUAGUAUGAGGGUUGAAGAUGGAGAAAAAUCUAAGGGUCUCUUAUUUUUCAUUUUAUUAUGUUCAGUUUUUUUUUUAUUAUUUUUUUUUUGCGCUGCUAAGAAGCUAAGAUCAUUCAUCCUUAUUCACAUUAACAGUACCUAGCUGUAAUGUUUUUCACAGAGUGUGCUGCUAUUUUAUAAACAUUUUUAUAAUAUAUUAUUUUACUGCUUAAAUACCAAGUCCCAAAGUAGAUGGUUGAGAUAUGAGUUCUUCGUACUGGAAAAGCCCUCCAUAGUUUGUUUUCUUCUGGUAGCGUAUUCAUGGUUGUUUUUUUCCUUUUUGGGUUUUUUUUUUUUCCUCUCUGGUUACAUUCUUCAAAGACAGAGUAUUCUUUACCUCAGGUUUACUGGACAAAGUCAAUAGCUACAAAAGAAAAUGAUUCACAUUUUUGUUUUCAUUAUACCUCACAACCACACAGUUUUCUGCUUGGGAGCCUGUGAGUAUGUAGAAAGGUGAAGGAGGCUGCAUGCCCUCUCAAGUGGACGGUGAGGUGGGUUUGGCCCAGGGUCUCACCCCAGAGACCUUUUCAGUCACAGAGGUCAUCAGGCUUCCAUUUUGACUCCGGUACCCUCAUCAUGAUGGAAAAAAUACAACUGAACCAAGGGAUUUCCCCUCUCCCCAAGGCAGACAUUCAGCACAGACACUUAUGAAGGGGGCAAGGAAGUCAUAAUUUGCACUUAGAUAUCAGGAGACAGACUAAAGAGUUCCAGCAGGCUACUUGGAGACCCUCAUCUUGCAACCUUUUCUAAAGCAGGGCUUUCAUCACUUAGGGUCCUCUCACCUUGGAAGGACCUCGCCCUCCCCUUCCCUUCCCUGACAUGGGCAUCCUGGUUUAGGAUGAUUGCAGAGGUUUUUCCGUCUGAACCUGCAGUCUCCCAACUGCGGCAGGAGGCACCGUUGGCCAGGCCCUCUGCUAAGCGGCACUAAAUGGUUUCUAGGCUUAAAUUGCAUUGAACUGGCACGGAUAGGAGAUUUAGGUCAGAUGAUUACUGGAUGGUAGUUGAAGGGAGGUGAUGAGGCUGCUUCUUCACGGAGAUGUGAGUCCAGAUGAGUCAGUGUCUCCCGUAGGGUGUUUAGAAGGGCUCAGGACUUGGUGAGUUAGCAUGACCCUAAAUGCUAGGGAGUUUCAGGUGGGGUAGUGGGUGGUGAAUUUUGAAGUUUUGGAGAAGAAGGUUGAACAGGCGGUAUUUUAUCAAGAGCCCACUUUGCACAUGACACUCUUCUGGGCCCUGGGAUAUUCCAUAGAAUAUAAAGAAGCCAUGGUUCCUAGAGUUCUUGGGGGUCUCGGAGCCUAAAGACAAAAUGAGGUACAAACUCAUUCCAUAGGGAUAGGCCCUUAAGCUCAAACAGAAGCAGCAAAUGAAAGAACCUGACACAUAAGGCAACAGGGCCAGUAGACUCACUGCCAUCUGUGACUUCCCACUUUUGCUGGGUGCCACUGGGGCCUUCUAGCUUUUUCUCCUACCCAUCCUCGGGGUCUAGUGGGAUAGUGGGGAAGGUGCUAGUUUGUCUGGAUUUUUCUGCCUGUUCCCUCCUUAAACAGAAGGAACCCCAGAUUGCUUACGUGGCUGAUAACCUCUCCUUGGAUCUUGGUUUCCUUGGUAGAUUUUGUCCUAGAGGAGUUCAGCUCUCCUCGUGAGUUUUUUCUUUCUCUCCUAAAGGGGUUCCAAAUGUAUCCUGGUCUUUUUCUACCUUUUUUUGUUUGUUUUUUAAAUCUUUACUUCCUCCUCUGUGUUUUUCUGUUUUUCUCCAUCAGUGGGAGCUACGUUGUUCCCCUAGCCUGCCAAAUUUUGUUCCUUCCCCUAUUUUGGCCAAAUCCUAGGGGGAAGAAUCCUAGUAUGCCAAAAAAUAUAUGCUAAGCAUAAUUCAAUUCCAUGCGGGUUCCUAACAGCCAAGAAGCCUGUAGGUGGAAGGAAGCAGGGGACAGAUCCCAGCAGAAUGUCUCCCAGGUGCUGAGAGGACAGCUCCUCAGAGAAGGGGCUGCUCUUUGAGGAGGCUUUAUCGGGGACCUGUCCCAGGACCCCGCUGAAGAGCUCGCCAUGUCUAACUGCCAAGUCCCCUUUGGUCUGCGAGCUUUGUACAAGAGGCUCUGUGCUGCCUCAUAUCAGCCAAGUUGGGGACGCAUGGCUCAGAGACCUGCAGGAGCUUAAGUGACAAGGCUGGAGGAGGAAAGAACCUGACUGCAUCACACUGCAUCCCUUUGCUAGCAGGGUGGGCUUUUCUUCAGAGGGAGUUGGAGCUUUCCUGAGGUCCAGCCCCCUGAGGGUCUCUCCAUGCUGCCCUGGGAGCUCUAGGACUGACAGGUUAAAAACAAGAAGCAGGAUUGGAUGACUUUUCUCAAAGAGGGCAGGGGAAUUUUCUCUCCAUGGGCCACAGGGAGCAGGGCUGGGAGAAGAAAUAGACUUGCACCUUAUAUCAUGUAAAUAAUGGUUUUCUAGUUCAAGAAGAUGAUAUUGGUAGUGUGGGAAUGGGAGGUAGGAAUGGGGAGGAAGUCUGAGUAAGCCAGUUGGCUUCUAAGCCAAAAGGAUUCCUCUUUGUUUAUCUUUGAGACAGUCCAACCCUGAGAAUAGCUUUAAAAGGGAAAUUAAUGCUGAGACAGUAAAGUCCCCUUAAGCCAACAGACUCUUAGCUAUAGAAUGAGAGCAGGCUUCUACUGGUGUGGGCUUGGAGCAGUUUUCAAGAGCUGCUCAUGGCAUCCAUUUGUACAAAACGGGGCAGGAAGACUCGAGGAUGUUUAUGACUUCUCACACCACAUGGCUUUUCACGAUUAUGAAUUCUGAACCCAGAAUAGUCAUUUCAGCCCGAACUAUUCUACAUUAGUAUAUUUCUGCUUUUAGACUUGCCUGGGCUAUCAGACCUGAUUCUUGGCUCAGGUUUCAAGAAGCCAUGACAAAUGUAUCCAUGCAUGUUGUAGCUGCAACAUUUAUUCUUUGCCUGCAGCCUACUUUGGGGGAAAAAGUGCCUUACUGACUGUAGCCAUUACAGUAUCCAGUGUAUUUUGACAGGUUCCUGUCCUAAGAAAAAAAAAGUUUUGUUUUUGUAAUGGGCUUUAGUUCUUAUUGCUGGCCAACUCUUCAAUCCCCAGCAAUCCCCCAGACCAUUGGAUUUUUUCCAUUAUGUUCAUUACCCUUGUACCAUGUACCUCAGAUCUCUCAGUUACAGUUUCUCGUCUUGGACUUCUUAUAUUAUUAUUAUAAUUUUUUUUUUUUUUUGCUUUAAACGAGUGUGAUGCCAUAUCAAGUCAAUGUAGUUCUCACAAUGUACUCUAUAAGAGGUGUGGGUGUUUAAUUGGUCGGGAUGCUAGCAAGUGCUAAAGUAGCAUGAUCAAUGUAAACAAAAGGUUUUUAGGAAGUAUGGAAAAAAUGUUUUAUUGGCUACGAUGGUGACAUGGUAUAGUCAGCUGCCUUUUAAGAGGUCCUAUCUGUUCAGUGUUAAGUGGUUUUUUAAAAAGUAAUAACCUGUUAUUUUGACUAGCUUAAAGAUGGAUUUGGAAAUGGUUUUGGAUGCAAUUAGGUUAUGCUAUUUGGACAAUAAACUCACCUUGACC